CUUAUGUGUCAGAGCUUGGGAGUCUGUACUCCGUACUGAUUGUUACGGUACGGGACGGAUACUGUUCCUAUCCCAGUUGGUGGUUUGUUCACCGCGAUGGUGUGAGAACACGCUUCUUUUGAGUGAUUGUGUUUUCUAUUUCCUUUCGGCCUUUGCUUUCGUCCUUUGGUUUCUUUAACCCUUGAUCGCCCUUUUGAAUAACCCCCCUACUUUGGUGCUAUCUUUGGGAUUUUCGCACGCUUUCAUUCUUGCGUGAUCGUUGUGGGUUUUUAAAGUCACUUUUGGGAAACUUUGAAGCAACCUCGCGUCUCUUUACCGCCACCUUCUAGCGUUGAGUGUUGAGUGUUGGGGAGAAAAUACAAAUAUUCAACUUUGGAAGACCAUCUAUUUAUUACAGGGCAAGGUUCAUUCACCGGCGCCAUAUGACAACGACAAAAAAGACCAUUGCCAUCGUCAAUGGUACUGGUCGUCAGGCAGCCUCGCUGAUCCGCGCGGUCACUGCCGUGGGUUACGCCGUUCGGGCUCAAGUAUAUUCGACCGAAGGCCUGGUGGCAGAGGAAUUGGCCGAAUUACCAAAUGUCACCCUUUUUGAGGGGUCCUUGUUGGACAAUCCGGUCCUGGUAGACACCAUCUUCGAGGGCGCUCAGAUCGCAUUCAUCAACACCAAUCCCCUCGCCGGCGAUGAGAUCAAGAUAGGCAAAGUCCUCGCCAACGCGGCCAAGAAGAGGAAUAUCCAGCACUUCAUCUACAGUAGCAUGCCUGAUCAUUCGAUACACAACCCGAAGUGGCCUUCACUUCCUCUAUGGGCCUGCAAGUUUACGGUCGAGAACUACAUCCGACAGCUGGGCAUGCCGUCGACCUUUGUCUACGCCGGCAUUUACUACAACAACUUUACCAGUCUUCCGUACCCCUUGUUCUGCACCGAAUUCAAGACCGAUGGGACUGUCGAGUGGCGUGCGCCUUUCCACCCCGACACCAAGCUACCCUGGCUGGAUGCGGAACACGACUUUGGUCCGGCAGUGUUACAGAUUAUCAAGGAUGGACCGAAUCGUUGGGGAAAAGGGCAAAGGGUUGCUCUUGCUUUUGAAAACCUCACGCCUCGACAAGUCUGCGACGCAUUCACUCGGGCUCUGAACCUCCCAUGCAACUACGUGUUCGACCCCCAGAUCGAAGUCAAGGUCGGUGUACCAAACGGCUACCGGCAACAACUGCUCGGUCUCGAAGUGCUCUUUGGCCAGUACAACGCACCCUACUUCGCAGGACCCGAUUUUCAACACAGUGGCCGACGGAAAGAUAGCAACGACACCAUCACGGGACGCAACAGCAGCGAGUCCCCGCGAGGCAAGCCGGGGAAACUGACGGACUUGGCGCGCACCCUCUGGCCCGGGUGGAGAUCGUUAUCUGAAUAUUUCGCCACGGCCUUUUUGGUGGAAGAGGAAGCCAACGGGAAGACGUGGAUGGUUGACAAGACACAAAGCACAUGACGUUGAAGUUGUAGGGCCGCCAAACUACGACGUUACGAUUUUCUUUUUCUCUGUCUCUUAUCUUUUGCAUUGAUACGGGGUGGUUACUCAGGUGGCGCCGCCAAGUUUCACAUGGGCUCGGGUGUUCUUGUUUUUGGGGACGGGUUACUAGCAUAGCAUGGCCACGAAACGGUGGGAAAGUAUACGACUCUCAACGCACCUACACAUACGCGCACGUGCACAUUCACAUUGACAUUGGGAGCAACAAGAGUGCAAGGGGCAUUCAUUUAUCCAAAACGGCGAACACAAUGCAAAGGCAAGGCACGGCACUUGAUUUCUAUCUAUGAAGUCAAUCAUUUUUGUUUUUGAAAGACACCAAGAAGGCAUGGGAAAAAAAGCAUCAUCAUAUGAUACCUGAGGGAGGGAAGGGUGCGUGCGCACAAAAUCUCAUCAAUCCUGUUAGAUAGGAAUUACUUACAUUCAAACACACACACACACACACACCCACACACAGAUAUGUGGUCAGCUGCCUUCUGCGGCAAUGGUAUUCAACCUGCCUGCCUAGGUAGGUAGGUAGGUAGGUACUGAAGCCCGGGCCAACGAAGAUAAGAAGGUAGUACUUUCGGACCCAAAGUUAGGAGAAGAAUGUCAGAAUUAUAAUAAUAUCUUCUAAAAAGUA